CCGGAUCCGUCGGUUCCAAACUCAGAUCUCACAUGAAUAAUUCAGGCACGCGCGCCGCUCUGUAGCAUCAGCUCCUCUCACGCGCUAUGAGUUCUGUUACCACGUUCGGUUCUGCGCGAGACUCCUCACGUACCGCAGGGACACGAGGAGAACGGGUCUGAGGACUGUGACCAGGACCAGAGGAGUCCAGGUGAGACACCUGGACUGGACACCUGACAGGACAAACGGCGGGAAAAACGAGGAGUAGCAUCAUUAAACCAGAACCCGGACCGAACUGUGCAGGUAAAACUGACCCAGAACCUAAAACCCGGACCGAACUGUGCAGGUUUACGAGAACACCUGGAAAGUCUUCCUGCCCUAAAAGGCGGACCAGAGCCGGUCCGGUUCGGCAUGCUGCUCCUCUGCCUGCUCAGUGCCGCGUGGCUCGCGGCCAGCCCGGUUCGGGCUCAGAACGAGACCGAACCCAUCGUCCUGGAGGGGAAGUGCCUGGUGGUCUGUGACUCCAACCCGACCUCGGACCCCACCGGGACCGCGCUCGGGAUCUCCGUGCGCUCCGGCAGCGCCAAGGUGGCGUUCUCCGCGGUCCGGAACACGAACCACGAACCGUCCGAGAUGAGCAACCGGACCAUGGUGAUCUACUUCGACCAGGUUUUAGUAAACAUUGGGAGAAAUUUUGAAGAGGAGCGAAGUACUUUCAUCGCGCCACGAAAAGGGAUUUACAGUUUUAACUUCCACGUUGUCAAAGUCUACAACCGCCAAACCAUACAGGUGAGCCUGAUACACAACGGCUGGCCGGUGAUUUCUGCGUUUGCUGGAGACCAGGACGUGACGCGCGAAGCCGCCAGCAACGGAGUUCUGAUCCAGAUGGAGAAGGGAGACCGGGCCUACCUCAAACUGGAAAGAGGGAACCUGAUGGGAGGAUGGAAGUACUCCACCUUCUCCGGCUUCCUGGUGUUCCCAUUGUAGAGAGCAGGAGCAGGAGGAGUGUGUGGCACCAGAGGAGGAGGAGGUGCUGCUGGAAGACGGAAAGUCUGAUGAAGAUUAUGGACGGAAACGGACACAAACGAGAUGAAGGAGAAAGAAGACUGGACACCAGACUUCUGUCUGAAGAAGGAAGGAAACGAAGAGACGCAAGUAAAAUCAGAGCAGGAAUCAACAUUAGAGAGGACUGAUGUUCUUUACUUCCCUCCACCCUUCAGCUCAUCCUCUCAUCCCUCAUUCUUUCCUCCUCUUUAUUGCAGUUUUUGUGGUUUUCCUGCUGCUUUGAUGCACCUGAAGCUUUUUAUUCUCUACUGAAAAACUGAUCAGGUAUUUAUUCUGCAGAGUUCCCUCCUCACUCCUUCAUCCCCCAAUUCAUUCAUUCAUGCAUUCACUCACCAUAAACAUUACAGAAUGUCUCUGUCCUCAUCUUCCUUGUUUUUUGGCCAUGUUUGUAGUUUUUACAUGUUAACAUUUUACUCUGAUUUUAGACCAGAACCAGAAAGUUCUGAGGCACAACCAGUUCUCCGUGUGCACCUUGUCCUCCUACAGCUUCUGUUUAAUGCGUUCACCUCAAGCUGCAGGUCACAGAAACCAACUUUUUAUUAGAUCAGUUUAUCUUCUCGUGACACCAUCAGUUUAACUCAGAUCCUAAAAUGUUAAUAAAAUAAAUCAAAUUAUUUAAGGAGGUGUUUAUUAAAAUUAAUCCACAUCUUUAUUAAAAGUGAAGCUUUUGGACAAUACCAUCAGGAGUAAAACCAUAAACCAGGAUGUCUUGGGCUGAUUUAUUUAUUUGUUAAAUGUCAUUUUAACAUAAAACGUCUCGCACUGAGUAAACACACAUAGUUUUUGGUUAAUCCAAUAACUGACCUUCUAAAUUAUCCUGACAAAUCUGCUCUGCGUUUGUGCAGAGCUAAAUAAUAAUGUGAACAUGACAUAUUUAGAAAUGCAAAAAAAAAAAAAAAUUUUUAAUAAUAAAA